AUGGGAGUCCAACGUGAGGCCUUCUUCGGUCUCAUGUUCGCAUUUGGUUUGUGCCUGUUUCCGCGCGAAGUGGCGGGUGGACGCUGGGGUCUUAUGGAUAUUUUCAAAAGGGAACCAAAGGCGACAGCGACAGCAUCAGAUGGAGAGGAUACCGAAGGCUCAGCCAUUACAGAUCUGAUGAAGUCUGGGGGCACCAUCGGGGCCGCGGAGGGGUGCACCAGCCAGUUGGACAUUUGCUUUUUGGUCGAUUCGUCUGGGAGCAUUGGAGAAGCUCACUAUGAGGAAGUAAAACAGUUCCUCCACGCCUUUCUAUCGAAGUUACCGAUUGGCAACGACGAAGUUAACACUUCGCUUGUCAUUUUCUCGACCACCGUUCAUCCUCAUUGGAGUCUGAGAGCUAAUAACGCCUCUGACAAAGAAACUGCGAUGCAGGACGUGUUAACGAUUCCGUAUCAUGGGGGCACUACUAACACCGCUGCGGGACUACAGACCUGCAACCAAAUGCUGUUCGACUAUCCACGCGAAGAACGCCAAACUGUACCAAAACUGGUGAUUGCAAUGACGGAUGGCGAAUCGGAUUCUGAUUUUCACACCGUGAAUGAAGCAAAGGUAAUUCGUGAGAGGGGAGGCAUCAUCACAGUCCUCUCAGUCGGUAUGUACGUUAACCAUAAUGAAUGUCGAAGCAUGUGUGGAUGUCGCAAUGAUUCGAGUCCGUGCCCACUGUAUCUACAGACUGAAUGGUCACAACUCUUGCCAUCGAUUUCCCCGAUCCUAAAAGAGGUUUGCAAAACACUCCCCAAGGAUGCGGUUUGCUCGGAAUGGUCAGAGUGGAGCCCCUGCAGUGCUACAUGCGGUGUCGGAACUCAGGGAAGGACGCGCCAGCAGCUGUCUCCUCCUGCACCGGGAACACCAACAUGUCCUGAUUGCAUUCCACCCAUGGGAAGGUCUUGUGAAGAGCAGGGCGGCGUCAAAGAAAAUCGUUCUUGUGAUGCAGGGACAUGCAGUGUUGAUGCUGGUUGUGGCACGUGGGGCUUGUGGUCAGAGUGGAGCUCGAGUUGCGGAGCCGCCACAAGGCAACGAGUCAGAGAAGGCUACAAUCAGCCGCCGCCCCAAGGGGACGGCCUCUUGUGCGAACAGCAGCAGCCACCGGUGGAGAGGUCUCAGACGGAACAAGCUCAGUUUGCUCCUUGCGUAGUUAUACCACCCACGCCUCCAGAGUGGUCUGCAUGGAGCGAAUGCACUGCUACAUGUGGUGGUGGUACACGACAUAGAUCGAGAAAUGGACUGCCGCCAGGAACUAGGUCGGCAGACCAAAACACUGAACAGAAACCGGAGUCGAAUCCGUGGCCUGGCUUCGAUCUGCAUGAGCAGGAAUCGUGUAAUAACUCGCCAUGCCCAAUCAAUGCAACAUGCGGUGACUUUGGAGAAUGGAGUGAAUGCUCAGUCUCAUGUGGUGGUGGACUAUCGCAAAGGUCGAGAGAUCCUUGGAAUAACGACCAGCAACACGGAGGAAAGAGCUGCAUGCAGCAGUAUCCUAACGGGCACACCGAGAAGAGAUCGUGCAACGCGCAACCGUGUCCAGUAGAUGAAGAGCCAGGGGAUUGGGAAGAAUGGGGUGAAUGUAAUGUUACCUGUGGCCAAGGAGAGCGAACGCGCAGGCGAGGCAGAAGUGUAAUUCUUCCUCAAUACGGCGGACGGUCCAUUGUGGAGCAGAACAAGAGUCUGCCGGAGAACGAAAAGAUUUUAUUAGUCGAAACUGAGACUUGUUCACUGCCUCCAUGUGACGCGUCCUGCACGUUCCCUUGGAGUGACUGGUCGAGCUGCGAGCAGUGCGAGGCAGGGACAGGCACUCAGUACAGGAAUUCUGCUGUCAAAUUCGAUUACCGCAACAAGCCUUGCGACCUCCCAACGUUCCAAACACAAUCAUGCGACUGCGGCGAGACGGUUCCUGUACCGGCGCCCCCUCCUUCGGAGCAAGUGACUCCAAGUGCGCCGUACGAUGUUCCGGAACGCCAUGAGGAACGAGAGAAGAACGCAGGAGACGAAGAGCCUAAGAGUGAAUCAGAAGGUGUCCCAGUUGCUGCAAUUGCGGGUGGAAUCGUCGGCGGUCUGAUACUGCUUGGAGCAGCCGGCGGAGGCGCGUACUACUACUUCGGAGGCGGUAAAGCCAACGAAUCUUUGGCCGAGAUGGACUUCGACGUGGACUCUGGGGCAACUAAAGUGGUCAUGGAGGAGGAGAAGGAAACCUUGGUGCCCGUGGAUGACGAUAGUGACAUGUGGAUGGGGGCAGACCACUAG